AAGCAGGACACGGGAUUCUCUGGGAGCAGGCGGUGUCAGCACCUGUAAUGCAGCCUCUGCUUCAGUCCCACACCCCACUGGAUGAAGCAGGGCGUUAGCAGGAUGACCUCAGAGAGGGACUCAGAGACCACCCUGGACGAGGACUCCCAGCCCAACGAUGAGGUGAUGCCCUACAGCGACGACGAGACGGAGGACGAGCUGGAGCCUCGGCAGCCCGGGGCUGAGCCGGGACAGAGCCAAAGCCACGGCGAGGAGAGCCGAGAGCCCGGCAGAAAAGACUGCACCUGGCAAGUGAAAGCAAACGACCGGCGCUUCUACGAGCAGCCCGCCUUUAAGAGAACGAUCUUCCUGUGCUUCAAAAAAAGCAAAUACGCGGACAAUGCAAUUAAGACAUACAAGUACAACCCCAUCACUUUUUUACCUCUGAAUCUGUUCGAACAGUUCAAGAGGGCAGCCAACUUCUAUUUCCUUGUUCUUCUCAUUUUGCAGUCCAUUCCCCAGAUAAGCACCCUGGCCUGGUACACGACGCUGGUGCCCCUGCUCUUCGUGCUGGGAAUCACUGCAGUCAAAGACCUGGUGGAUGACAUUGCCCGGCACAGGAUGGACAACGAGGUCAACAACAGGACAUGUGAUGUCAUCAAGGAUGGAAGGUUCAAAACCACAAAAUGGAAAGAUAUUCAAGUUGGCGACGUCAUUCGUCUGAGGAAAAACACCUUCAUUCCUGCUGACAUUUUGCUGCUGUCCAGCUCAGAACCAAACAGCCUGUGCUACGUGGAGACAGCUGAACUGGAUGGUGAGACUAAUUUAAAGUUCAAAAUGGCCCUGGAGGUGACACACAGGCAGCUUCAGGAGGAGAGCUCCCUGGCAAACUUUGAUGGUCUGAUUGAGUGUGAAGAGCCCAAUAACCGACUGGACAAGUUCACAGGAACGUUAUUCUGGAGGAACUCCAGUUACUCCCUGGAUGCUGAUAAGAUUUUGUUGCGUGGGUGUAAGAUCAGGAACACAGAUUUCUGCCACGGAAUGGUGGUGUUUGCAGGUGCUGACACCAAAAUUAUGAAAAACAGCGGGAAGACGAGAUUUAAAAGGACCAAGAUUGACUCCCUCAUGAACUACAUGGUUUAUACUAUCAUCGUGGUCCUCAUCCUGCUGUCGGCCGGGCUGGCCAUCGGGCACACCUACUGGGAGCAGCAGGUUGGCAACUGCUCCUGGUACCUGUAUGACUCAGAGGACUUCAGCCCUCCCUACAGGGGCUUCCUCAACUUCUGGGGCUACAUCAUCGUCCUCAACACCAUGGUGCCCAUCUCCCUCUACGUCAGUGUGGAAGUGAUUCGCUUUGGCCAGAGCUACUUCAUCAACUGGGACCUGCAGAUGUACUACGCCGAGAAGGACACGGCGGCCAAGGCCAGGACCACCACGCUCAACGAGCAGCUGGGGCAGAUCCAGUACAUCUUCUCGGACAAGACCGGGACCCUCACCCAGAACAUCAUGACCUUUAAAAAGUGCUGCAUAAACGGCCAAAGAUACGGAGACAGCCGGGACAGAGCGGGGCAGCUCCAGAGCCACCCCGAGCGAGUGGAUUUCAGCUGGAAUGUGUACGCGGACGGGAAGUUCCUCUUCUAUGACCACUACCUGAUAGAGCAAAUAAAGGCUGGGAAGGAGCCAGAGAUUCACAAGUUCUUUUUUCUGCUUGCCAUUUGUCACACGGUCAUGGCUGACACCUCUGAUGGUCAGCUCAACUACCAGGCAGCCUCCCCGGACGAGGGGGCCCUGGUGACGGCCGCCAGGAACCUGGGCUACGUCUUCCUGUCCCGCACCCAGAACACCAUCACGCUCAGCGAGAUGGGCGCCCACAGGACCUACGAGGUCCUGGCCAUCCUGGACUUCAACAGCGACAGGAAGAGGAUGUCCGUCAUCGUCAGAGAGGCCGGGGGGGACAUCAGGCUGUACUGCAAAGGGGCUGACACGGUGAUUUAUGAGAGGCUGCACCCCAGCAAUCCAAAGAGAGAGGCCACAGAAGAGGCGCUGGACGUGUUUGCAAAUGAAACUCUCAGGACUCUCUGCCUGUGCUACAGAGACAUAAGUCAGGAUGAAUUUGAUGUGUGGAAUAAAAAGUUUGUGGAGGCCAGUUUAGCUACAAGUAACCGAGAUGAAGCUCUGGACAAAGUGUAUGAGGAGAUAGAAAAAGACUUGAUUCUGCUUGGUGCAACAGCUAUUGAAGACAAACUGCAGGAUGGAGUUCCAGAAACUAUCUCCAGACUCUCCAAAGCAGACAUCAAAAUCUGGGUGCUCACUGGUGACAAAAAAGAAACUGCUGAAAAUAUUGGGUUCUCUUGUGAACUCUUGACAGAGGAAACAGCCAUCUGCUAUGGAGAAGAUACCAGUGCUCUCCUGCAAACUAGGCUGGAAAACCAAAGGAACAGGGCUGGCUCCAGCCCCCAUUCCUCUCUCAGGAUGAACGAGCCCUUCUUCCAGGGCAGCAAAGAUCGGGCUCUAAUCAUCACAGGCUCCUGGCUGAACGAAAUCCUGCUGGAGAAGAAAAAGAAGAAGAAGAAGAAGCUGAAGCUGAAGUUCCCCCGCACGGCAGAAGAGAAGGAAAAGCAAGCUGAGAAGAGGAGGAGGGCUGAGGCCUACAAGGAGCAGCAGCAGAAGAACUUCGUGGACCUGGCGUGCGAGUGCAGGGCGGUGAUCUGCUGCCGCGUGACGCCCAAGCAGAAGGCCAUGGUGGUGGAGCUGGUGCAGAAGUACAAGAAGGCCGUCACCCUGGCCAUCGGGGACGGCGCCAACGACGUGAACAUGAUCAAAACUGCCCACAUUGGAGUUGGGAUCAGUGGCCAGGAGGGGAUGCAGGCCGUCAUGUCCAGCGACUACUCCUUCGGGCAGUUCCGCUACCUGCAGCGCCUGCUGCUGGUCCACGGGCGAUGGUCCUACAUCAGGAUGUGCAAGUUUCUGAGAUACUUCUUCUACAAGAACUUCGCCUUCACGCUCGUCCACAUCUGGUACUCCUUCUUCAACGGCUUUUCUGCCCAGACAGCCUACGAGGACUGGUUCAUCACCCUGUACAACGUGCUCUACUCCAGCCUCCCGGUCCUGCUCGUCGGCCUGCUCGACCAGGACGUGAGCGACAAGCUGAGCCUUCGGUUCCCCAGACUCUAUAUUUUGGGCCAGAGGGAUCUACUUUUCAACUACAAGAAGUUCUUUCUAAGUUUGCUCCACGGAGCUGUAACUUCACUCAUCAUCUUCUUCAUCCCCUACGGAGCUUACAUGAAAUCUAUGGGACAAGAUGGAGAAGCCCCUGCAGAUUAUCAGUCCUUUGCUGUCACAGCAGCCUCUUCCCUGAUCUUUGUCGUCAAUUUUCAGAUUGGCCUGGACACAUCUUACUGGACUUUUGUUAACGCUUUCUCAGUGUUUGGGAGCAUUGCACUUUACUUUGGGAUCACAUUUGACUUCCACAGUGCUGGAAUCCACGUCCUCUUCCCUUCUGGCUUUCAGUUCACAGGAACUGCUCCCAACGCUCUGCGCCAGCCGUACCUCUGGCUCACCAUGAUUUUAUCCAUUGCCAUCUGCCUGCUCCCUGUAGUGGCCCAGCGUUUCUUAGCCAUGACAAUCUGGCCUUCGGAGAGCGACAAAGUGAGUGCAGUCUGCCUUGGUUUGGUGAAUUUGGCAGGUGGUGUUGGCAGGCUGAGACCUGGGCUGGUAGAAGGUGGCCCUGCCCGUGGCAGGGGAGUGGAGAGGAUGGGCUCGAAGGUCCCUUUCAACCCAAACCAGCCUGAGAUUCUGUAA